CAACUUCGGCCUGAUAAUAUUUUAGCCCGAUGUAUUUGGAAUAAAAGCCUCAGUUGAACUCAUACUUCGAAAGUGUCGUGUACCUAGUCCCGUUUUGGAAAACAUAGAAAAAAAUCACUAAAGUUUUCAUCAAAAUUUUUUGUCGUAUUUCGUGUCUUGUGUUUCAUGUUUCGUGAAAAAAAAGUUUUUUGCUUGCAAUUUAAACGGCUGAAUCGCAAAUACGCCGCAUAACGAAAGUAAAUACGAAAUUUAUAGUAGUAACAAAAUUUGGAUCGCGCACACAUACAAGUUGAUAAGAAAUUAAGAAUUCAAAAUGAACAAACUACGUAAUGUUCUGAAGUCAGUAGUCCAGCGUCGUCUGCCCGUUUCCCAUUUGAUCCAAAUACGUACCGCCUGCGGUGGUGAAUCCAAGUCCUCCAAGGGUCUUGUGGUCGGUGUUUAUCAGAAGGAGAACGAUAAUGACCCAAAGCUAACGCCAGCUGGCGAAAAGGUCAAUGAUCGGCUGCAUGGCAAGUUGCAGGAGAUGAUUUGCCAGAGCAAAAUCACUGGCCACUUGGGCAGGGGCAAGAUAUUCAACAACAUAGAUCCAGAGUUUCGCAGUAUGGCAGUGGUUGGUGUCGGCCUCGAGGGCAUCGGCUUCAACGAACUGGAAAUGCUCGAUGAGGGCAUGGAGAAUGUACGUGUGGCGGCUGGAAUUGGAGCCCGAUCCUUGCAAGAGAUUGGCGUUUCGGAAGUCUUUGUAGAUGGCAUGGACUAUGCCGAACAGGCGGCCGAGGGCGCCGUUCUGGCCGUUUGGCGAUAUUGUGACAUGAACUCCAAGAGGAAGCCACCACACAUCCCCAAACUGGAGCUGUACGAAUCUCCGGACUAUGAAGGUUGGACCCGGGGUGUCUUCAAGGCGGAGGCUCAGAAUUUAGCUCGCAGGAUGUGUGAUACACCUGCCUGUUGCAUGACACCAACGCUUUUUGCCCAGGCCACGGUAGAUGCGCUGUGCCCCUGUGGCAUUACCGUCGAAAUCCGCACCAUGGAGUGGAUUGAACAGCAGCGUCUUCAUUCGUUCCUCAUGAUUGCCAAGGGCAGCUGUGAGCCACCGGUUCUGAUGGAGAUCACCUAUUGCGGCACCAAUCCCGAGGACAAACCCAUUUUGUUCCUGGGCAAGGGCAUUACCUUCAACUCGGGCGCCAUGAAUCUGAGGAAAUGCAGGGGAAUGGAGGAGUACAGGGCUUGCAUGUCGGGAGCUGCAUCCUGUGUGGCCAUGAUGCGUUGCGUUGCGGCACUGGCCCUGCCCAUCAAUGUCUGCUGCAUCAUCCCGCUGUGCGAGAACAUGCCAUCGGGAAUGGCCUGUAAGCCAGGCGAUGUGGUCACCCUAAUGAAUCACAAAUCGAUGGCUGUACGAAAUCUGGACAAGGCCGGAGUCGUCGUAAUGGCAGAUCCCUUGCUCUACGGACAGAGCACAUACAAGCCUCGCUUGGUAGUCGAUGUGGCCACCUUGGGUUCAGGUGUGAAGAAGGCUUUCGGCGGCGGAGCCACCGGUAUAUUCUCCAAUUCCCAUUACAUCUGGAAGCAGUUCCAGUCCGCAGGAGCUUUGACUGGCGAUCGAGUUUGGCGUUUGCCAUUGUGGAAUUAUUAUAGGAAACAAAUCACCGAUGAAAUGGGAUAUGAUUUAAGCAAUGAUGGUCGAGGACUGGCGAAUUCCUGUUUGGCGGCAGCGGUACUCCACGAAUUGGUACCCUGUGUGGAUUGGGCUCAUCUGGACACCCGGGGCACUGGACUGCUAACCAAGUAUGGACUGGUACCCUAUCUCACCGCAAAGUACAUGACAGGCAGGCCAACUCGCACUCUGGCGCAGUUUCUCUACCAAAUGGCCUGUCCCGCCAACCAAAAGUGAACUAGCAUUGAAAAUGCAGUCGGUGUAAUCCGAUCGGAUUUAAAGCCGAAUUGCUAAGAAGUGCGCAGCAGAUAAUUUUUUUGUGUAAAAGAGUCCAAUGUCAGAAUGUUUUGUUAAGAUGAUGCCUGUGUCCAAAGUUGUCAAAUUUCUUGUGAGAUGUAAAAUAUAUAGAGGUUUUAAAAAUGC